AAUAGAAAGUUUUCAUUUAAGCAGUCGCGCAGCUGAGCCGGCAGAAUAGUUUAAUUCUUCGAAAGAAAAGGAAGUAAAAUAAAGAGGAGCUUGCAUUUAUUUUUUUACGACAACUGAGUACAUUCCCAAGAAUGCAAGUGUUUUUGGCCUUAGCCCUGCUCGCAGGCUUGGCUUUGUCGGCUGAUGCCACGAAUCCACCGCGAUGGGAUGCCAACUAUAUAGUCAAGGGCACCCUGUACAUUCCGUAUGCUGAGAUUGCCGAGCCUUUCUACGCCUGGUAUGACAAGAACACGAAGCGAUCCCGUAUCGACUAUUAUGGCGGAAUGGUGAAAACAUACCAGUUGGCCGGCGAGGGGCAGUACGGAACCCUCCUGAAGCUGGCACCGAUCACCACCCGAACGGAGACCAACAAGCUGACCUGCCUGCAGGUCAAUGGUACGGCCGACCAGGCUAUUGAAAUUCAGAGCAUUCUGCCCGACGCCAAACCCUUUAGUCUGGUUGGCACCGAAACCUUUUUAGGCUACACCUGCGACAAGUUCCGGCUAGAAACCUCCAUUGGCCAGAAAAAGAACGUAUAUACGCUGUGGGUGCGGUACAAGAAGUCGCCGCAUUAUCCCGCCAGUCGCAUGCCCAUUCCAGUACGAUACGAAAUGAGGGGCUACAAUACCCUGCUGGGAUCCCACUAUGAUCAUUAUUAUUUGGACUACGACAGCUACGAGCAUGAUGACAUUCCCAAUGAGGUGUUCGAGAUCGAUGACAGCCUGCAGUGUGUUGGUUUCCCCGGACCCGGCACCGGCCACUAUGCCACCUUUAAUCCAAUGCAUGAGUUCAUAGCCGGGACCGAUGAGCAUGUGGACAAGGCAUUCCACCACUUCAAGCACAAGCACGGAGUCGCCUAUCGCAGUGAUGCGGAGCACGAGCAUAGGAAGAACAUCUUCCGCCAGAACCUGCGCUACAUCCACUCUAAGAACCGGGCCAAGCUCACCUACACGCUAGCCGUAAACCACCUGGCCGAUAAGACCGAGGAGGAGCUCAAGGCGCGUCGCGGAUACAAAUCUUCGGGCGUGUACAACACUGGCAAGCCGUUCCCCUACGAUGUGUCCAAGUACCAGGAUGAGAUUCCCGACCAAUAUGAUUGGCGGCUAUACGGCGCCGUUACCCCGGUCAAAGAUCAAUCGGUGUGCGGAUCCUGCUGGUCUUUUGGCACCAUUGGCCAUCUGGAGGGCGCAUUCUUCCUGAAGAACGGCGGUAAUCUUGUACGGCUGUCGCAGCAGGCCCUGAUUGACUGCUCCUGGGCUUAUGGCAACAACGGCUGCGAUGGUGGCGAAGACUUCCGCGUCUACCAGUGGAUGCUGCAAUCCGGGGGAGUGCCCACGGAGGAGGAAUACGGCCCCUAUUUGGGCCAGGAUGGGUACUGUCACGUCAGCAACGUAUCCCUGGUAGCUCCCAUUACGGGAUUCGUGAACGUCACCUCCAACGAUCCGAAUGCCUUUAAGCUAGCGCUGCUUAAGCACGGACCUCUAUCAGUGGCCAUUGACGCUUCACCGAAGACUUUCAGCUUCUACUCGCACGGAGUUUACUAUGAACCUACCUGCAAGAAUGAUGUGGAUGGACUCGAUCACGCCGUACUCGCUGUGGGCUUUGGCUCCAUAAACGGAGAGGACUACUGGCUAGUGAAGAAUUCGUGGUCCACUUACUGGGGCAACGAUGGAUACAUCCUGAUGUCAUCACGAAAGAACAAUUGCGGUGUGAUGACCAUGCCCACUUAUGUCGAGAUGUAGAUGAUACUGCAUUCUUGCCUUUCUUAUUUGUAUAAUCUUUUAUUUCAACGCCCUGAGGGCGCUAAACAUGCAAUAUAUUUCAUGAACUCUUUUGUAACUCA